AUGGGGGCAGCGGCCGAGGUUGGGAGCUUUGUCACCGGGUUUGUGGACAGCUUUGGCCCCGCUCCGGCUCUCGUUGGCUCUCGUUUCGUUCUCACGCCAGCCGGCGCCGGGCAGCAGCAGCAGCAGGAGCACCUGGUGUCCGCGGAAAGGCUGUCCCGGAGCCUGGCGGACCUCAGCCAUCUGAAGGGGAUUCUGAGGCGGCGGCAGCUCUACUGCAGGACCGGCUUCCACCUGGAGAUCCGUCCCGACGGCACCGUGCAGGGCACCAGGAAGGACCACAGCAGAUUCGGUAUUUUGGAGUUCAUCAGUCUAGCUGUGGGACUGGUUAGCAUCAGAGGGGUGGACAGUAGCCUCUACCUCGCCAUGAACAGCAAAGGAGAACUGUAUGCAUCGGAGAAGCUGUCUGCAGAAUCCGUUUUUAGGGAGCAAUUUGAAGAAAACUGGUACAACACCUACUCGUCCAACAUCUACCGGCAUGGGGAAAAAGGUGCAUUUUACUUUGUUGCUUUGAACAAAGAUGGGUCGUCCCGGGAUGGAACGAGGUCGAGGCGACAUCAGAGGUUCACUCACUUUCUACCAAGGCCUGUAGACCCAGAUAGAGUACCGGAGCUGUACAGGGACAUACUGGGCCAGAGCUGA